GAAACGAUCAUUUUCACGUACAGUUAAUAACAAGAGUCCUUUCUAUCACCAGGCUGGCAAGAUAGUAGAUCAUUUGACCGAGAUGCUAGAUCCUGCAUGCAGAUAAACCAGCCUCAACAAAGACGCAGGUACCAUGAAUGUAGCAAACAAACAGCAUGGCUUUCGUUGUAAGUUUAGCACAGAAGUAGCUGAACUAGAGCCAAAGGGGUUAUUCAUGUUGCGGCAUAUAUCCUCUCGUAAGUAAUCCCUGAAAAGUGAUGACUAAGCACCUGCUUGGUGCUUUGGUGUCUCACAAAACCUGGGAAAUAACCCCGGAGGUAACUCUCCAGCCUCAUUACCAUCCAACGACCAAGAUGUAAACAGCCUGUCCGCUCCGUGAGAUGGUGACUUGGAGUGACAUUUAGUUUGACGUAAGGCACUGAAGAACUGGAAAAGUACUGCGCUUCUGAAUAUGCAGUACAUUUUAAGAUUGCCGGAGACUCCUGAAGAACCUCAGGGUAUCAGCAGUUGUUUUAGACGAGCAGGAGAGUAUUUUCUAGAUAUCAUCACAAGAACACAUUUGAGGAAAUGGAGAAUGAAGAUGGCUAUAUGAUGCUGAAGAAUCACUUCAAAUCCAGAAAAAGAUCUAAAGAUGUCCCUCUGUAUCUACAAUAUCACUGUCUUUUGCUAGUAUUUGGAUGCAUUGGGAUCCUCAUUUUCAUCACGGCAGUGAUUGGCCUGAACUUUUGGUUUAAAAAAAUGGACUUCUCUCAGAAAGAAAAUAUCACCAGCCUAGCAGGAAAUAAUUUUGUGUGCCCAGAAGACUGGCUAUGGAACCAAGGAAAAUGUUACAGGUUUUCAACUUUUUCUAAAACUUGGAAUGAGAGUCAACGUGAUUGUGCAAAGCUCCAGGCACAUUUGCCAGUGAUUCAAAAUUCAAAAGAGCUGGAGUUCAUACAGAAGAGUUUAAAAUUGGGCCAUCCUGGCUGGAUUGGAUUAUAUAUGAUAUCUCCAGGAAAACAAUGGAUGUGGAUAAAUGAGCACCUUUUUGUGGAACAAAAACAUUUUACCAUGAUUGGAUCGAUGGAUAACAUGAACUGUGCUGUCAUAACAAGAAGUCAAGUGUAUUCUGAAGACUGUGACUCCAAAUUUAAUGGCAUUUGCCAGAGAGAUGCUGUCUGAACAACAAAAGCAGAUCUGUGCAUUUAAAGAAUCAGAAGAAAUAUGUGUGGAUGUUAACAGUGCCAAUUUUUUCCAUUAGUGGAAUAUAAUUUUUUUAGUACAAAUAAAGUUUUUUCAAGUAUUCCUAACCAGAUAUAAUACUUCAAAGGCAGAAAAUACAAUAACUUACUUUUAAACUACAAAACAUAACCUACUUUUAAACUACAAAACAUAACUUACUUUUAAACUACAAAACAUAACCUACUUUUAAACUACAAAACAUUACUUACUUUUAAACUACAAAACAUUAUUCCCUAUUGCUUCAGUGUCUAAAAAAAUCAUUAAUCUUCCAGUCCUGCCUAUUCCUUAUGUGUGUUGUGUUCCUUGAGUUCUAGCUCUUUAUGUGCAUUUGGUGAAAUAAUAGAUGAGGUACAGAGAUAUAGUUACACAAUUUUUUUCCUUCUUGGUAGGCUUUUUCCCUUAGUUAAUUGUUUUCAAUUUUUAUUAAAAAAAAUCAAACCUUCAACUGGUUAAAAAAAAUGUACUCAGACGUUGUAAGCAUGAACUGUCUAUUUGAAGUAAUAUACAAUCUUGUAUUUAAUGUGAUUCCACAAUUCAUUCCCUUUUAAUCAAGUUUAUAUUUAAAUAUUAUUAUAUUUGAGAACAGUCACACUUCCUUAGUUUUCUAACUACAAUUCUAUUCAAAGUAAAGUUUCUUAUUUUCCUCUCAUUUAUUUAAAACUCUCUCAAAUUUCAAAAUAAAUGAAACACUAUGUCAGUGAGGUAGUAAUUUAACUCCAUCAAAAAUUCCAUUUGUAGUUCAUGCUAAGCCACCAGGAAUUUAUAUCCUAGUAUGUGUGAAUCAAAGGAAAACAAGGGAUGGAUUAUUCUAAGCAAUUAAAAUUAAUUUGUGACCAUGAACCAACAAUGAAAGUAAAACUUAUGAGUCAAGUGAAACCUGAACUGAAACUGAGCCAAAAGUUAAUACAUCAAACUGUAAUAUACAAUGGUGUUUAAAAUUCAUAGUUCCCAGUUUUCUUGGUGACAACAUGCUGAACAGACAAUAUAUGCCCAUGCUUGAUUGCAUGCUGAUAUUUGCCAAGUAUUUGCCCAUAUAUAGUACUGGCAAAAACAUUUAUGGGUGGGGUUCACAAGUCUCCUUUUUCAUUUAUCAGAAAGUUCCAUCUGCAGUAAUUUAGGAAGCAAGCCUCCACUAAAGAUACGGGAGAAGGACUUGUUUGUGUGCUUCUGUGUGUUUACCCUGUAGGCUAGAUAAUCCCUUUUUCUUUAGUUUCUCUGUCUACUAAAUGUCUCUCUAUUCACUUACACUCACAUUUCCUUCUGCAGUCAGAGCUUACAGUUACGUGGGGAAGAAAUGAAACUUAAGCUAACAUAACAAGGGCCGAUUUGAUAUAAUUUCCCCACACCGUGAAGAUUUUCAAUUUUGUGACACAUCCAAGGAGGCUUCGUAAGCCUUAUCUCCUUGUCCUCACAUGGGGAAUUGAAUUUUUUUCCAAUAAUCUAUUGUUUUAAUCACAUUUAGUGUUAUUAUUCCAGUUUAUAGUCUACAAUCUAAGCUUUGUAACUUUAAUAUAUAAUUCUGAUCAUUUAUCUGUGGCUAUUACUUAGUUAGAGUUUCUCCUGGUGGUUUUUCCCUUAUUUUUAAGAUAUUGUUGAAAUACAUGACUGUUCAUAGGUGAUUCUUUUGUAACAUUUCUUUAAACCAAAGUGACUGGGGUUAGUAUUUUGUCAUAUUUACCCAUAUAAAGCACAUAUAUAUAUUUCUCUAAAUUUUCAGCUGUAGGUGUUGGCUGGCCUAUCAAUAUAGAUACCUUUAAAUUGACCAUAACCAUCCUUGCGGUAAAGGCCAUCUCAUUUGUUCACUGCUAACAGAAGUUUCCUGACCUGAGCUCAUAGUGAGCAGUUGUGUCUUUUUUUUUUUU